AUGGCCGGUCAAGAUUAUCUUGACGAUCUACCCGAGGUCGUCCUAGACUCGAGGCUUGAGGCUAUCUUCGGGCUGGACGGGCAGCGCACCUAUACUGUACACCCCGAAUAUACUGACCUCCAAGCCCCAAGUAGUCAGGAGAGAUGGUUUCUCAAGAGGAGAUUUGGUUCGGGCGGCGCUUCAAAUGGGCCUCCCCAGCUGAGAGCAGUGAAAAAAGUCGAAAUAUCUCCCAAUGAGCGGGAUUACAAACUUCAUCAACGGGAGUUGGUCGCUAUUUUCAAGUUUUCUCAACCAAAAUAUGCGAAUCUCUUUGUUAGGUCUUAUGGAUGGUUUACGAGCGAAAGUUAUAUCCACAUUUCCAUGGAGUACCUUGAACUGGGUGAUUUACAGCAUUACCUAUCUGACGAGGGAAAGUGCCCGAGGCACCGAUUGCCAGAACCUGAAGUGUACGAUAUCUCUGUGCAAGUUCUUUCUGCCCUCAAUGCCAUGCAUAGCGUGGGGUUUUCGUACAGGGAUCUCAAACCUGCCAAUAUUCUCAUCAAAAGCCAACCUCCACAAGAGUGGAGGGUCAAGCUGGCUGAUUUUGGGAUUAGUAAGAGAGGUGGCGAAAUCACUCAGAGCACUGACAUACGAGGGACCAAGAGCUUCAUGGCCCCUGAGUUACUUAUCGAGGGUAGCGAUAAGCCCGAGGUUCUUUACUCUUUCGCCAUAGAUAUGUGGUGUUUCGGUCAAACGAUACAUAGGACGCUAACCGGCCACAAUCCAUUUAACUCGGUUUUGGCAAUAGCUAAAUACUGGGAAGGAAAUGUCGAGUUCCCGACGACCGCAUUGCAAAGUGCUGGUGCAAGCGAGGCAGUGAUUGGCUUCCUGCGGUCUCUCAUGGUGGCCGAUCCAACAAAGAGACUCACUGCCAAAGCUGGAUUAAGCGACGCUUGGGUUUUAAUGGAAUUUUCAAAGUCAAAUUCGGGGGAGCGUUCGAACACACCAUCCAAGGACUCUAAGCCACGAGCAAACCCGGAAGCAGGUACGGUCCUAGAUCAGGAUACAGCUAGCGAGGCAACGGCUUGCUGGACAGAUGUUCUACCGACCAGGACUUCAGCUUACGAAAUAGAAACAAUCACACAAUCCCACGUAACUGGUAGCGAGAAUUCAGCCUCGUGGACUAAAGUUCUAGGUUAUUCUGCCGCAAGUUCUUUGGGAAUUACAUCACAACCAGAAAAGCCUGCCACAAAAGGCAAAGCCUCUGAUAAAACACCUUAUGGCAUAUCAUUUCAAGCUCUAUACCAAGCACUUUGGGCAAGAUCUAUCGAAUGCCCCGCCUCAGAACGUGCCGCUUGUCAACAACAACAUCAGGAUUUCAGCGUAAAACUGGAGAGAUUAGGGGCAGAACACCCCGCCACCAUUUCUAGUAUGCAUGCACUAUGGCUUCGUCUAUCGAUGAUGGGAUUAAAUAGGCCCGCAGCCUCAUUUCUACGCGAGACAUUGAAUUUAGAGAAGAAGGUCCUGGGUGGGGAGGAAGCUCGAACGGUACAGACCAAGCGGACUCUAGCCACCACACUCCAGAUACUCGAAGAAUAUGACGAAUGCGAGGUUUUAUAUCGUCAACUCGCUGCCAGCGACAAGAAAAACCGCCGCACAAAUGAGCCCGCUGCGAUUCAAACCUUGCAGUCCUUAGGCCUUUUGCUAUAUGAGCGAAGUAGGUUCGAGGAAUCAUCUACCGUGUAUGAACAAUGUGCUGUCAUUCUCAGAGAGAAGCAUGGCCAAGAGGACAACCUUCUUGAAACACUAGAUAAUCUAUUCCGCUCAUUGACCAUGGCUGGAAUGCUUACAAAAGCGAACACCAUUAGCCGAGAAUACAUAUCUCGGCACAAAAAUCAUGUUAAAAGGGCCAAUGAGAAGAUCCUUGCCAUCGCUUACCUUCUUGCUUCCAAUCUCGCAAAAAUGGAUAGACAUCAUGAGGCGGAGAUUGCUUUUAGAGACGCUAGAACGAUAAUCAGGAUGCUCCCUAAUGGUAGAAAUCAUAAUCUCUCACCACCUUUCCUAUGGGGUCUGGGAAAGGUUUUAUUCUCACAAAAGGGGUAUCCAGAAUCCGAAUUGGCAAUAAAGGAGGCUAUCCAGCUCUUGCCGAAGCCAACAGGGCCAAACGACCUUGACUCGCUUCAGGCCAGGUCAUUUCUUGCCUUGGUUCUAGAAUAUCAGGCCAAGUAUGAUGAGGCGGUACUUAUCAAGGAGGAAGUAGUUUGGGAGACGGUGCGUGUCUUUGGUCCGAGCUCUCAGCAGACAUGGACAGCGAAGCAGGGUCUAGGCCGGGCCCUUGUGAAAGCCGAUCGCUUUACUGGAGCUCAAACCAUCUUCAGACAAGUAACCGAGGAUAUGACUAAGAUACAGGGAAAGGCUGUAUGCCCAAUCUACCGUACAUAG